UUCAAAAUCACAUUAAAAAGCACACGAGACAACCUUGUAACGAAAAGCAAAUUCCUGUCCGUACGAAGCCAUGGAGCUUAGCCCGACUUCCCGCGCUCCUUUCCCACACAAACCAACCGAUGUCCUCUUCUUUCUCCCUCCCUCUCUCCCCAUCUCCAUUUUGACUCUUUCCUUUUCUCUCUCUCUCUCCCUCUCUCUCUCCCCACACACACACAGCAUUCUCUUUCCCAAAACAAUGGGUGAACGGCUCGAAGAAGAUGACAGAGAGGCGUUGGCGGCACUAGCAGACGCGCCGCCUCACCGGAAGGCACAUUCCUACAGCCACCAAUUGCGCAGCAACACCGGCGGCUAUUACAAGCGCCACCACCAACUCCGCAACCACAGCCUCGAAGAGGACCGAAUCCCUCGUAACAUUGAGCGCUACUACGACUCCUCCGACGAUGACUUCUAUCCCUACGCCACCGCCACCGGCUCCACUGCUUCUUCUGGUCCUGGUCCUGGAGACCCUGGGUCCGAAGACUACCAGAAGCUCGAUCGCAGCCCCGACGACGAACUCCGCCAUUCUAUGACGGAGUUCGUGGCCAGCGGCGGCGGCACCGGGAUCUUCAAGGUCCCGGGGCGAGCUGCAGUCCAUCCGGGGCGUCCGCCGGGGCUGGAGCUGAGGCCACACCCGCUGAGGGAGACUCAGGUUGGGAAAUUCUUGAGAACCAUUGCUUGUACGGACAGCCAGCUUUGGGCUGGUCAAGAGUCCGGGGUUAGGUUUUGGAACCUGAUGGAUGCGUACCAUCUUGGUAUUGGAGUAGGAGGUAGGGCUCGGAGAGGGGAUGAGGAUGCUGCACCCUUCUACGAAUCCGGAAACACUUCGCCUACAAUGUGUUUGAUUGUUGAUUCUGGUACUAAAUUGGUUUGGUCUGGCCAUAAGGAUGGUAGGGUUAGGUCUUGGAAGAUGGAUCAACCUGUUGUUGAUGAUUCUCCUUUCAAGGAAGGUCUCUCUUGGUUGGCUCACCGCGGUCCCAUUCUUUCCAUGGUCAUAAGUUCUCAUGGUGACCUAUGGUCAGGUUCUGAGGGUGGAGUUAUAAAGAUUUGGCCGUGGGAAGCGAUUGAUAAAUCUCUCUCUCUCUCGCCAGAGGAAAAACACAUGGCUACAUUACUGGUGGAAAGAUCAGCCAUUGACCUUAGAAGCCAAGUUACAGUUAAUGGUGCCUGUAGUAUAUCUUCUUCAGAUGUGAAGUGCUUGUUAUCUGAUAAUGUUAGAGCUAAAGUGUGGGCAGCUGGGUCUUUAUCCUUGUCCAUGUGGGAUGCUCGUACAAGGGAACUUGUAAAAGUAUAUAAUGUAGAUGGUCAGACUGACAAUAAAGGUGAAGUGUCAUCGGUUCCAGAUCAAGUAGCUGAAGAUGAGAUGAACGUGAAGUUUGUUUCCAAGUCAAAAAAGGAGAAACCCCAAGGAAGUAGCUUUCUGCAACGUUCACGUAAUGCUAUAAUGGGAGCUGCAGAUGCUGUUCGUCGGGUUGCUACUAAGGGUACAGGGGCAUUUGCAGAAGAUGCUAAAAGAAUAGAAGCACUAGUGCUAACUGUAGAUGGAAUGAUAUGGAGUGGAUGUUCGAAUGGCUUACUUGUGCAGUGGGAUGGAAAUGGAAAUCGCUUGCAAGAUUUCCAUCACCAUCCUUGUACUGUUCAAUGCUUUUGCACUUUGGGGUCACGAAUAUGGGUUGGUUAUGUGAGUGGUAUGGUCCAGAUACUAGAUCUGGAGGGAAAUCUAAUUGCAGGUUGGGUUGCUCAUAAUAAUCCUAUAAUAAAAUUAGUUGUUGGGAGAGAUUAUGUUUAUAGUUUGGCUACUCAUGGUGGCAUACGUGGAUGGAACAUCUCAUCUCCUGGACCAAUAGAUAACAUACUGCGGUCAGAUUUGGCUAAAAACGAACUGAUGUACAAAAGACAAGAAAAUGUUAAAAUAUUGGUUGGCACAUGGAAUGUUGGUCAAGGAAGAGCCUCUCAUGAUGCACUUAUGUCAUGGCUGGGUUCUGUAGUGUCUGAUGUUGGCAUUGUUGUUGUUGGGUUGCAAGAGGUGGAAAUGGGUGCAGGUUUUUUGGCAAUGUCUGCAGCAAAAGAAACUGUAGGACUUGAAGGGAGUUCCGUUGGGCAAUGGUGGCAGGACACAAUUGGAAAGAUCUUGGAUGAAGGAUCGAAUUUUGAACGCGUAGGAUCUAGACAGCUGGCAGGCUUGCUAAUAGCUAUCUGGGUAAGAAAGACUCUUAGAACAUAUGUUGGGGACUUGGAUGUUGCAGCUGUUGCUUGUGGCUUAGGUCGUGCAAUUGGUAAUAAGGGGGGUGUAGGUUUGAGGUUGAGAGUAUAUGAUCGCAUAAUGUGUUUUGUUAACUGUCACUUGGCUGCACAUUUGGAAGCAGUUAAUCGCCGCAAUGCCGACUUUGAUCAUAUUUAUCGGACAAUGGUCUUCAGCCGCUCAUCUAACCUCCUUAAUACUGCUGCUGUUGGUGUCUCAACUUCUGUUCAAAUGCUUCGGGGUUCAAAUGAUGGGGAAAAAAAUCCCGAAGAGGGAAGACCCGAUUUAGCUGAUGCUGAUAUGGUCAUAUUUUUGGGUGAUUUUAAUUAUCGGCUUUUUGGAAUAUCUUAUGAUGAAGCAAGGGAUUUUGUUUCACAAAGAAGCUUUGACUGGCUUAGAGAAAAGGAUCAACUUAGAGCAGAGAUGAAAGCUGGCAAAGUUUUUCAAGGAAUGCGUGAGGCACUCAUCAAAUUUCCUCCUACUUACAAGUUCGAAAGGGGAAAAGCGGGUUUAGGAGGAUAUGAUUCUGGAGAGAAGAUACUUCCUGCUUGGUGUGACAGGAUACUAUAUCGUGACAACCGGUCAUCGUCUACAUCGGAGUCCACUUUAGAGUGCCCUGUAGUAGCUUCAAUAUUGCAGUAUGAGGCUUGUAUGGAUGUGACAGAAAGUGAUCACAAACCUGUGCGGUGCAAACUCAAUGUUGAGAUUGCACGUGUUGAUAGAUCAGUGAGGAGAGAAGAGUUUGGGAAGGUUAUGAAAAGCAAUGAUAAAAUCAGGUCUUUACUUCAAGAAUUAUGUUUCGUUCCAGAAACGGUUGUCAGUACCAAUUACAUUAUCCUUCAAAACCAAGAUACAUCCAUUCUAAAAAUCACCAACAAAAGCGGGGCAGAUAAUGCUAUAUUUCAAAUUAUAUGUGAAGGUCAGUCUACCAUUAAAGAGGAUGAACAACCUACAGAGUAUUAUCCAAGAGCUUCCUUUGGUUUUCCCCGUUGGCUUGAGGUGUUACCAGCAGCUGGGAUAAUCAAACCUGAUCAAGUAGUUGAGAUCUCGGUACAUCAUGAAGAAUUCCAUACCCUAGAAGAUUUUGUUGAUGGGGUUCCACAAAGCUGGUGGUCUGAAGACACCAGAGAUAAAGAAGUGAUAUUGGUGGUGAAUGUAAAAGGCAGUUGCUCAAUUGAGACAAGAUGUCAUAGAGUUCGUGUGCGUCAUUGCUUCUCAGCAGCAGCCAAGCCAGUCCUUAUUGAUUCAAGAAAUAACAGUUCUAGAAAAUCCCGAGAGAAUUCCCAUCGCCUUCGGCAUGUUGGCAGUGCCAAUGAUUUGGGUGAUGAGCCUCGAAGUCUACAUGGUACUGAAAACACAGGGAAAAAGAAAGAGAAAGAAACUGAAAAUACAGGAAAAAAGAAAGAAAAGGAAACUGAAAAUACAGGAAAAAAGAAAGAAAAGGAAACUGAAAAUACAGGAAAAAAGAAAGAAAAAGAAUCUGAAAAUACAGGGAAAAAGAAAGAAAAAGAAUCUGAAAAUACAGGGAAAAAGAAAGAAAAAGAAUCUGAGAAAAUACAGGGAAAAAGAAAGAAAAAGAAUCUGAACAUACAGGGAAAAAAAAAGAAAAAGAAACUGAAAAAAAAACAGGGAAAAAAAUGGAUAAAUGAAGUAGAGCCGGGAGAAGCGAAAACAGAAUGUUUAUCUACUGCAAAUUUUUAUAAGAAAAAAGGCUGUUCAAUUUCCUCAUCAUCAUCAGACAGCAGCAGUAAGAAUGUUGAUGUAAAUACUUAG